GGGAAGCGAGUGGAUGUUUGUCUGACACACUGUUCACUCCAUAUUUCUCUCUCUGUUCAGCGUCGUCGUCUUUUUUCUCCAUCCUCAUCUGAGGUCAAUUCGCUGUUCUCCGCCAUGGCUACUGCUCAUCAGGUCAAGCCUGCGUCGUUCCUUUCCCCACAGUACAUUCAUGGCGUCUACAUCCCGUCGGCGCUCCUUGUCGUCGGUGUCGCCAUUGUGAAGAAGGAGUGGGUUGUCUAUGCGCUGGGCGUGGCCGCUCUCCUUGGAGGAUGGAAGGUUUACAAUAAUCAGGUCCGCAAGGUGCUUAAGCCAAACGAGUAUCAGCAUUUCGAGCUAAAGGAGAAGACGGUCCUUUCACACAACGUCGCAAUCUACCGUUUUGCCCUCCCCAGCCCUACGGAUAUCCUUGGGCUUCCCAUUGGCCAGCAUGUUUCCCUCGCCGCCACUAUUCCCGGCCAGCCAAAGGAGGUUGUUCGCUCCUACACGCCCGUUUCUGGCGAUGAGAAUCCCGGCCACGUUGACCUCCUCGUCAAGAGCUACCCCACCGGAAACAUCUCGAAGCACCUCAAUUCGCUCAAGAUUGGCCAGACGAUGAAGUUCAAGGGCCCCAAGGGCGCCAUGGUCUAUACUCCGAAUAUGGUCAGGCACUUUGGUAUGAUUGCCGGUGGAACUGGUAUCACGCCCAUGCUCCAGAUCAUUCGCGCCAUCAUCCGCAACCGUCCUCGCAAUGGCGGCACCGACACUACUGAGAUUGACCUCAUAUUCGCCAAUGUCACUUACGAGGAUAUUCUUCUGAAGGAGGAUUUGGAUGCGCUCGCCAAGGAAGACCCCGGUUUCAGAGUUCACUAUGUGCUCAACAACCCCCCCGAGAAGUGGGAGGGUGGCGUUGGAUUUGUCACUGCCGAAACGAUCAAGAAAUAUAUGCCUGCUCCUGCGAGCGACAUUAAGAUCCUUGUCUGCGGACCCCCGCCCAUGGUCAGCGCCAUGAAGAAGGCUCUGGAUUCUCAGGGCUACGUCAAGCCCAAGCCCGUCAGCAAGCUCGAAGACCAAGUCUUCUGCUUCUAAGGAUAUUGACCGUGAAGCUGUGCUCAAUUUGCACAGAGUUAUUGCGAGCCAAUGUCAGCAUUAUGAGAAAGAUGAUUAGUCCCGGAAUCACCUUUUUCUGCACUGGAAAUUACCCCCGGUGACGUCUCCAAAGAUGUCUUUCGGCCCGGACUUGCUGUAUGAUGGAAACAAUAGUAUGAAAUCUGGUCAACAUUGUUGGCAAAGUCUGCACAUAGAGAUGCGGGGCUGGCUAUGAUACAGGUGCCCCAUUAUUUAAUAGAUGCUACAGAAUUGUGAGAUGAGCCAAAAAAGACAAUCCAAAAGAAAUCUAUAGGAUUCUAAAAUAAUUCAAAAUAAAUCUAUUAGCGGUAUUGGACCCUUUGGCCACCG